AUGCCGAAAAAGUUUUCCACAGAAAAUCCGAAAGCGGUUGCAGCCAGAGAACGUAAAAAAACUGCUAAAGAAGCCGAGUCUAGCAAGAAACAGCAACAACAAGAAGAAGCCUACUGGGCAGAUAAUGACAAAUUGAUUAAAAAGAAACAACAAAGAAAGGAAGAUCAGGACAAGAAACGCGAACAACAGCUUGCUAAGAAAGCCGAAAACAAAAUGCUCCUCGAGCAAGAAAUGAGCACUCUGAAACCUGGCAAAGCGAAUCCGCCAUCGAAAAUAACUCGAGCUCAAAUCAAUAACAUGGCUAACGUCAAGAAAGAUGCGGAAAAGAAGGAAAAAAUCGUGACCCAUCUAGACGAGCCUUUAGUAGAAAAUAUCAACAGGCUCGAAAUUGAAGGAGAGGAAGCAAGGACUGUAACCGAAGCGAUCGGUAUUUUGAGUUCCAAGCCUGAGGAUGUGGACAAGCACCCAGAGCGACGAAUGAAGGCGGCGUAUACGGCUUUCGAAAAUAGACGUUUAGAGGAACUGAAAAUCGAAAAUCCAAAUUUGCGUUUGUCGCAGUUGAAGCAAAUGAUUUUCAAGGAGUGGCAAAAGUCUCCCGAAAAUCCAAUAAAUAAGCAAUAAGGUCGAUAAUACUCCAAACGACGGUAAUCGCGCUAUAUAACUUUGGACAAUACAUGGUUAAAAUUAGGGAAGUCGAUAUUAAUCCUAAGAUGCACUAACCUCCCCACUUAGAGCUUAUUUGUUGUCUUAUCCCCCAAAACCACGAUUUGUAUACAUUUUAGGAGGAAAAGUCAAGUUGUAUUUUGUUGUAUCGUUAAUAGAUAAUUUAUGAAA